ACUGACAUGAAUGUGUAGCUGAAAUAGAAACUGAUGUUUUAGGACUCGGAGAGAUGACAGUUGCACUAUAAUAGCUUUCGUUUUCUUCGAAGCUGACAACAAAUAACCAUAGACCAAGCGCACCAACAAUAUCUAUUCAAAGCCGCUGUUUCUAUUCAAGGAUACUGAUCAUACGUGGAUGAGGGUAUGGAUUAUUUAGACAUGAUGGAUCCCUUUUGGAUCCCCAAACACUAUUAUCCAAAUGAGAAAGUGAACACAGACAAUAAAACCAUACUCUAUUAUGGUUUGCACAAUCAAGGGGCAACCUGUUAUUUGAACAGUGUUCUGCAGGUCCUCUUCAUGACGAAAGGCUUCAGAGAGGCUGUGGAAAGCCAAGAGCAGGUUAAUGUUGAACAGAACACGUUUGAUCUUCAGCUGAAAUGUUUGUUUGAGACUUUAAAGAAAAAACAAGCUCACACUAAAGAUGUCACAUCAAAACUGGGCAUUGAAAAGGUGUUCGAGCAAGGUGAUGCUGCUGAAUAUUUUGAGAAGAUUUUAAGCAAGGUCAAUCCGGAUGUGUCUAAGAUAUUUCAAGGACAUUUGAGGCACACUGCACACUGUUCUAUAUCUGACUGUCAUGUGAACAGUGAUGAAGUUGGUCCAUUUUGGACUGUGCCACUCUCAAUGGAAGAUAACAACUACUACAGUGUGAGAGAUGGUUUUGAGGAUUUUUUCAAGUCUUCAACUGUCAGUGGUGACAAUCAGAUGUACUGUGACUACUGCGAUGGGAAAACAGACGCAAUCCUUGCAUGUGAGAUGGAACAUCCCCCAGAGAUUCUGACUCUGCUCCUCAAGAGGUUUCAGUUUGACUACAACAGGAUGUCAUAUGUCAAAAUUGAGAGCUGUGUGGAGGUGCCUCACACGUUACAGACGAAGGACUGUGACUAUGAACUCUAUGCAGUUGUGGACCAUGUGGGAAGUCUAAGAGGUGGACAUUACACUGCUAGAAUCAAGUCCUAUCAGAAUCACAACUGGUAUGUGUUCGAUGACAGCUACGUCACACAGCUCAAUUCAAAACCAUUUGAACAAGAUGAGAGUUUUAGGUCCCAGAGUGCGUACCUGCUUAUGUACAGGAAAUUGGAUUCUCCAGAUCGUCAGAUGAACCAUGAAACCGAUCACAAAUGUUCACUCAGUGACUCUCAACAAUCUACUCCUUCCUGUUCCUUUGAGACGGGAGCCAGCGGAACAAGCGAAGAAGAAGAGAGAAAAGUUCAAUCAAAUCAAUCUAUCAAUCCAGUUGACUUGGUAGGGAGAACAGAAGUUGURCCAGAGGAAAGACAGAAAGAUGAUGGAAAGGUCGUUGAUAUGAUAAGACAGAUGAACAUAAAAGAUAGGAGUGGAGAGGAUAACGUUGCUGCUACUGAUGAUAAAGAUAAUUAUUUUAAUGGAGAGGAAGAACAGAAAGUAGGGGAUGAUGUUGUUGGACAAAAAGAACAGGAAGGUGAAGUGGCCAAUGUUGAGGUGCAAAUGAAUGAUGAACGGAGCAGGGAAGAGGGUCAUGGUAUGACAAGAAAGUAUCAUGGUGUAAAAGGAGAACUGGAAGAGGAUGUUGUGGAUGAAGCUGGACAGAAUCAAAGAGAUAAGGCAAGGAAAAGGGAGGAUAUUGUUGUGCAUGUUGUGGAUGAAGCUGGACAGAAUCAAAGAGAUAAGGCAAGGAAAAGGGAGGAUAUUGUUGUGGAUGAAGCUGGACAGAAUCAAAGAGAUAAGGCAAAGAAAAGGGAGGAUAUUGUUGUGGAUGAAGCUGGACAGAAUCAAAGAGAUAAGGCAAAGAAAAGGGAGGAUAUUGUGGUGGAUGAAGGUGGACAGAAUCAAAGAGKUAAGGCAAAGAAACGGGAGGAUAUUGUUGUGGAUGUAGAUAACGUCUUGGAAAAUGGAACAGAGGGUGAUGUGAUGAAUAGAAAGGAUGUGGUUGUGACGGACAGAGARGGAGAUAAUAAUGAGAGGAAGAGGAAUAGAGAUGGUGCAGCAAAGACAAAGCCAGGUAGAAUAAUAGAUGACACUGGGGAUGAUAGAACAGCAAAAAUAAAUGGUGGUGAGCUAAAGACAAUACAGGUUGAAGUGGCAAAGUUAGGAGAGGAUUGUGAUSUGACAACGAUGAGUCAAACUAACCACAGUAAAUAUCCCAGUUCCGUUAGUACAUUUCAGAACAGACUGACAGKCARCCCAGAMGAAACAACAACAUGUUUUUGCUUCAAGAGAAAAAGAAAGGGAGGGGAAAAGAUCAGUGAACAUGACAAAAGGAAGAAAAUGGAAUUGGAGAUGAGCAGAGAAGGUGAAAAGAAGAGUAUGUUAGGAGGACAGAGUAGAAAAGAGAAAAAGAAGGAAAAGGCAAAUAGAAAGAAACAAUUGAAAAGAGAUGAGGAAAUAAAGAAAAGCUCAUAGAGAGAAUAAAGGAGGUAAAGAAGAACCCAGUGGGAAAGAAAAAAGGUUACCUUGAAGAUUAAAUUGAUACUAAUAAAUAGAAUGAAAUGAAAAUCAUGAGAAUGGUUCAAUCUAAAACUAAGUAAUGAACUUUGAUGAUAUUCUCAAUUGAACCAAACAACAACAUUAGUGAGACAGCUGUGAUAAAUUGCUCUUCUAAUUUUGCCAAACUGACAUGGCUUGGCAUUGUGCUUGUGUAUAUAGAUUCAAACAGAGCUAUAGUGUGCACCGGUUUUGAUAAUGAAACAAUGGUAAUGGCAUUAACUUCGGAUCUGAAUAAUGUAAGGAAUCAUUUUUGUAAUUCYUACAUUUAAUAGAAUUAAAACUGGAUUCAAAUGAC